UGGCCAGCGCUCUAAUGCAUCAGUAUAGUGUUAGGACGAAGAACGAUGAUUAUUGUUAGCAAAAGUACUAGAAAACCGUGAAGAGUCGAAGGAAAAGUGAUUGUGAGAGUCGCACAGUGUUUUAGUCUAAGAUCUGUAGAUAGACCAGUGAGAAAGAGCUAACAGCAGUAGUGUUGAGAAGCCACCAUGCAUCGAAGAACUUGAAAAAGUCUCUCCCGCGAUUCGGCUAUUAAUGUGUAUCUUCUUUCAUCAAAAAUUGGAUUGCGGUUUGUUGAUAUUGCUGUUGUUCGUUUCACUGUGCACUUCCAGAGUGGCUGAGUUGGUUUUCUUUUAUUUUUUGGUUUCCUUUGGUUUCCUUUCCUGGUCUCCAUUCAGCAGUCAGUUAAUAGUGGAAGCCGGCGCUGAUUGUUCCUGCAAUCACUUCCUUUUCUGAACCGAAACCCACAUCGUUGGUUGAUCAGCUUCUAAUCAAUCCGGACGACGCAACCGGGAACCAUGGCCGAUCAGCAGCAGUACUUCCUCAAAUGGAAUGACUUUCAAACUAAUAUGGUGACUUCGUUCCGGCAUCUUCGAAACGAGAAAAGUUUUACAGAUGUAACACUGGCCUGCGAAGGGCAGACGUGCAAAGCGCACAAGAUGGUGCUAUCAGCUUGUAGUCCCUAUUUCAAGUCGUUGCUGGAGGAAAACCCCUCCAAACAUCCGAUCAUCAUCCUGAAGGACGUGUCUUACAGCCACCUGCAGGCGAUCCUAGAGUUUAUGUACGCUGGCGAGGUCAACGUUUCCCAAGAACAACUGCCGACGUUUUUGAAAACCGCCGAUAGACUGAAAGUGAAGGGUCUCGCAGAGACCCCGACGAAUAUCAAGCGAGAAGGUUAGGGCAAGAUGACUGAUGAUGUGUUGUUGCGUUAGGCCGUAAUCUUUCGUCUCCGUAAUGUGCUACGUUCGCCUUGAAAUCUCCCGAUCACCAAUUCAAGUCUACAGAAUAUUGGCUCUGAACAAUAAUCCCAAAUACUGCCUUCAGCAGUAAUUUCACAGUUCGAUAGGAUAUUUGAGGGGACAGCGAGUCGUGCAACAAAUAUUAGAAGGUAACCCGUUUACUUUUCGCUUAACCACAUACCCAGACACAUACGCAUAAGUUAGACGAAAGAUAGUGAGCGAGCGACCGUGCGUAUAGUAAGAAUAUUAAAGUUAAACUAUAAUUAUACAAACAAAAAAAAAACACACUAUCGCGGAAAAAAGGGACAGAUACCCGAUUAUUCCGCAUCCAUUUUAGUUUUUACUACCGAUGAUAACGGUUAAUUCCAAAACAUCAAUGAUUAUUGAAGACAAGAGCAAUUAUCUUCCUAAAAUUUGUUCGAUUGUUUGAUAUAGUUGAGGUGAGAAGCACUUUUUCCAUGUCUUUGCAUAGCCAAAAAAAUGGUUCAACACUAUAUAUAUCGCCUUCAAGUAUGGAUUGACUUACGUAGAUCAAACUUAGAUAUGGCGAUAGAUAUCAAAGCUCCAGAAUGUGCAGCUUUUUAGAAAAAGAAUCCUAAAUCAUACAAUUGGUAUAUCAGUUUUAGUUUGACCGGAAAUGCGCGUUUUCAGUGAGUAAAAAAAAGUGUAAAUAUGAGAGAAUCGGUAGCAGAGGGGAAAUGUAUCAGUGCUAAUUAUUAUGGAAGGCGCACUUAAAACUACGACAGUGGAGGCAAUUCAGAUAAAUUUAUGAGGAAGUCCUGCGCAGAAUAUAUACUAAAGAAUGGAUCAAUUUUAAAAAGUAGAAAAUAUAUAUUACGUGCAAGUGCAUGAUUAACUUCUUGAUUUUAUUUUAUAUAGGUUAUAUUUCUCUUCUUGUGAAGUCAUCUAAUUUGCUACUACUAAAAAGAACAAACAAUCCGAAUCAAAAUAUGCGUUUCUGCCUCAACCUUUAUCAUCUCUAUAUCACGCAAUUUGGUUUAAAAGUGUUUAAUGCUAUUACAUUAUAUUUUUUGUUAGCACAAUUGUAUUUCACGAGACAGUAAAAUUUUGUAGGAAUUACAUUGAAAAAA